CUGGUUCUCGUAAACACAACAUUCGAAAUUAAUCCAUAGGCCGCAAAGUCAUUGUUGUGAAAACUACUGCCCAAGUUAUUAUCUUGUUUGCGCCUUUUGUUUAUUUUUAUUAAAAAUCACUCAAAGUUUCAAUCGAUCAGUUAUAAAGUAUUAAAAAAUUGUUUGGUACUUUAUUAAAAAUGGCAUCAGAACUAAGAAUAGAGGCAUCUACCACAGCCAUUUCAGAAUGUUGCACUUUUAAGUGGACAAUAAAAAAUUAUCGCAUAAUAAAAUUAAGUGCGGGAGAAUUAAUUGUAUCUCCACAUUUUGGCGUUGGAAGUGAUAAUAAGCAAUACUUCGUAUUGCAUUUAUAUCCUGAAGGCAAUAGCGAGAAAGAUGCAGGCUACAUUUCAUUAUAUCUUAAACCCGUAAUAGAUUCAACGAACAAACCGGAUAAGCUCGUAUGCAAAUGGGCUACGGUUCGCCGAAAUUUCAUAAAUUGGAAAAUAUUGACGAUUUAAUUUCGGCCGAGAACACUAUAACUAUUCAAUGUGAAUUAGAAGUUUUCAAGAAAUUUAAGUCUUCAUUUGAUUGUCCAGAUAUUAUCGAUGGCAAUAAUCAGGCAAGUGAUAUAGUGAAUUUUGGCGUACUGUUUCUUAGUGAAGAAUUUAGUGAUGUUAAAAUAAAAAUUUCUGAUACGCAUGAUAUCCCAGCUCACAAAGCUAUACUCGCACCUGCCAGCCCUUUAUUUAUGGCCAUGUUCAGACAUGAUGAAAGUUCAGGAAACCAAAAAAGUUCUGUGAAAAUAACCAUACCUAAUGUGAAUACUGUAAUUGACAUGCUGCGAUUUAUCUACACCGGAGAGGUUGAUGGUUUUGAAACUGAUCAGAUUAUUAAAUUAUUAGAAGUGGCACACGAUUAUCAUAUUGAGAAUUUGAAAAUCAAGUAUGGAAAAAUGUUAUGUACUAAAUUGUCACCUGCUAAUGUAAUUGACAUUCUAGUAUCUGCUCAUAUAUACGGGGUAAAGAAUUUGGAAGAUGAAGCAAUAAAGUUUAUCAAAAACCACUGAGAAUUACCAUUCAAUUCUUAAAAGAUGGAUAAAAUAUUUUAUAAUGAUAUAUGGAUUAAUUUAAGCCAAUAGAUACUUAAAUCUCAAAAAAAUGUAUCGUAACUCUUUUUUGUGUCUAAAAGUAGUUUUUAAUGAAGUUUCAUUAUGAUUCCAUCGACAACAAUGAUAAGUUAAAAUAUGCUUGAUUAACUAAUUAAUCUAUAGAAUUAACAAUAAGCAAAUUAUUUGGAAGAUGAAACGAUAAGAUUUGUUACAAAUCACACCCAAUUAUACACUGAAAAGUUAACGGAAAAAGAUGACCCUGAUUUGCUAAGAAAUAUAAUGCAAUGUAUAUUAAAAAAAAUUGUAACUCAGGAUCUUUGUAAUAUAUCUUCAAUUGUUUAUAAUUUUAUUAUUAAAAUUAGACUGAAAUAUGAAUGAAGCCAUCGUUCGUUGCAUGAAGAAUUUGACCAAGAAAAUAUUGUAAAUUUAGUACAUCU